AGUGGCUAGCCUGGCGAACGCGUGCGGCAGGCAGUAGUGUGCUUGCCGCCGUGGAAUGUGUUGCUUUCAAUAUUUUUGUUUCAGGAAACCCUGAUUGUUUGUUUUAUUCACGAAAAGAUUGUAAUUUGGUUUCAAAAUGUCGACCAUACUAGAUAAAAUUGCUGCCAUCGAGGCAGAGAUGGCAAGGACGCAGAAAAAUAAAGCAACUGCUGGACAUCUUGGUCUUCUGAAAGCAAGAUUAGCAAAGCUUCGACGUGAACUCAUUACUCCCAAAGGUGGUGGUGGAGGCCCUGGAGAAGGUUUUGAUGUGGCCAAAACUGGUGACGCCAGGAUAGGUUUUGUAGGAUUUCCCUCUGUUGGAAAAUCAACGCUUCUGAGCACAUUAGCUGGUGUGUAUUCUGAGGUUGCUGCUUAUGAAUUUACUACAUUGACUACUGUGCCAGGUUGCAUAAAAUAUAAGGGUGCUAAGAUUCAGCUACUUGACUUGCCUGGUAUCAUUGAAGGUGCUAAAGAUGGCAAGGGUAGGGGUCGACAAGUCAUUGCUGUUGCUCGAACAUGCAGUUUAAUUUUCAUUGUUCUUGAUGUACUCAAGCCUCUUAAACACAAGAAGCUCAUAGAACAUGAGUUGGAAGGAUUUGGUCUUAGACUGAAUAAAGAUCCCCCAAAUAUUGUUUUUCGUAAGAAGGACAAGGGAGGAAUCAACUUACAAACAAUGGUUACUCAAUCUGAGCUGGACUUGGAUACUGUUAGAACAAUUUUGUCCGAGUACAAAAUCCAUAAUGCAGAUAUUACUCUCAGAUAUGAUGCCACAAGUGACGAUCUUAUCGAUGUUGUUGAAGGAAAUCGUAUUUAUGUCCCUUGUAUUUAUUUAUUGAAUAAAAUUGAUCAGAUCAGCAUUGAAGAACUUGACAUAAUCUACAAGAUUCCUCACUGUGUACCUAUAUCAGCCCACCAUAGAUGGAACUUUGACGACCUUUUGGAAAAAAUGUGGCUGUAUCUUAAACUGGUCAGAAUUUACACUAAGCCAAAAGGGCAGCUACCUGAUUAUGAAUCACCUGUGGUCCUUCAUUCUGAUAGAUUGAGUGUGGAAGACUUUUGCAACAAACUACAUCGAUCCAUUGCCAAGGAGUUCAAAUAUGGCCUGGUCUGGGGCUCCUCAGUGAAACAUCAGCCUCAAAAAGUUGGCAAAGAACAUGUUCUAGCUGACGAAGAUGUUGUUCAAAUUGUGAAGAAAGUUUGAUGGCUCUUGCUGAUUUGUUCUUUCAGAUGAAGUUUUGGAGCAAGGUCUAAGAAUGUUAAAUAACCUGGUUAAUUAUGAAAUAUACUUACCUGUAUGUCAAGGCCAUAAGACAUUGGCAAUAAAUUUCUGCAUCAUGA